AUGGCUGGCUAUAGAAUCUUCCUGGCUGUAUUUCUAACAUUCCUCGCUUUUGCUCGAGGAAACAUAGAUAAAACAAUAUUUCCUUAUGGAAAAACCAUUUCUUUUUAUUACCAUAGUGAAAUAAAAGCUGAGUUCACAGAAGUAGACACUUCUGCAUUCUACUAUUUCAUCAAUGGAAAAUUUCACAUCACUCACGAUACUGACAAUAAAAAUUUUGAUAGGGCAUUUAUAGUUACCCUUCAAAAUGCAUCUAUUAUGUUGAAGAAUAGAAAUAAAUCUUCGGAAGAAACUUCAUUCCCUACGGGUCCUUCUAAUGCGUUAAAAAUACUUCAAGGCCCAUUUGGUUUAAUUUUUGCAGAAUCGGGAAACCUUGACUCCGUUACAAUUCCUGAAGACGAACCAGUAUGGUCCAAAAAUAUUAAAUUUGGAUGGGCUUCAUUAUUUCAACUAAACUUCGAGAAGAUAGAUUUCAGUUGGCCAGUUAAAGUUCAGAGCUUUGUCACUUCAGAGAACACAAUUCACGGGCAAUGUAAAACAAGUUAUGAUGUCCAUCCAGAAUAUUCAACUUCUAAUUCAAAAAGAAUUUCAGUGAUGAAAUUCAUGUCACCGAAAGAAUGCAGCAAAAAUAAGCUUUCUAGUUUCAAUUUUAUUGAAGUAAUCCUUUGUGCUUUACCGGAAGAGGAAAAUUCGGACGCAGCCAGUUCAAAAGUUUAUAAAUUUGAAAUAAAAGAUAAUAAUCUUGUGCUUCAAAAGCUUCGCACUCAUGGAGAAACUAGUUUCUUCCCUUUCUACCACAAUUCUAAGGCUUCUCAAGUUACAUACAGCGCUACAUUAACUCUGGAGAGCAUUAAACCAUCAUCGGAAUAUGCGGGUCCAACUAUUAAUUUUGACAGUAUACCAUCAAUUCGUGAUUGGAGCUAUCAACAUACGAACAGCUUGUAUGCAGAAAAUGCAGCUUCUGAUUUUACAGAAGGACGUCACAUUGUUGAUCAAAAUUAUCUUCUGAAAAAGAUAAAGGAAAUGUUGAUCGAUGCUGCAAAUUAUUUUGCAGAGAAUCAUAUCAAAACUGAAGAACCCGACUGGCAGCGAAGCAAGGUCAUCAACAAUAUUCGUGAAGCUUUAACUUAUCUUGAAGUUUCGUCAUUUCAUAUAAUAUUCUCCAAAAUUCAAAGCGAUACAACUCCGGCUAAAACAGUCAUCAAGAGGUUUUUCAUAGGUAUUGUAUCUCAAGUUGGGACCAAUGCAGCAAACCUGUUUGUAUUUGAUAUCAUAAAGAAUAAAAAUAUCACUGAUCUCGAGGCAAUAGAAAUCUUGGCAAUACUUCCUUUCCAUGUAAGAGCACCUAGUGAGAAUCUUUUAACUCAUUGGGAAGCAUUUACUAAUUCCGCCAAAGUUUUUUCACUGAAAAUCUAUGGAGCAGCUAUUCUUGCCACUGGUACUAUGAUUUAUAGAACAUUUCCAUUCGGAGGUCAUCCAAAAGUUCAAAAUCAUCUGGAUCAUUGUUAUCAACAAAUUCUUCGAUUAUAG